AUGAAGGGUGCCACAGUUCUGUCGCUCCUGCUGGUUGCCGGCACGGCUCAUGCGGACGAUGCGUCGCCCAUCGGCAAGGUGUUGCAGCUCAUUGGGGACCUGCAGUCGAAGAUCAUCGGCGAGGGCGAGGAGUCCCAGAAGGUGUACGAAGAGUUCUCCGAGUGGUGCGAGGAGAGGAGCAAGAACCUCGCCUACGACAUCAAGACGGGCAACUCCGAGGUCGCCUCCCUGAAGGCGACGAUCAGUGAGGAGGCCGCGAUGAUCGCCUCGCUCACCACUAAGACGGAGGAGUUGGCCUCCGCGAUCGCCACGGACGAGGCAGACCUCAAGGCCGCUACGUUCAUCAGGGAGAAGGAAUCGGCCGACUUCGCCGCGGAGAAGGGCGAGCUCAUGGACAUCAUCGACACCCUGGAGAGGGCCAUCGGCAUCCUGGAGAGGCACGGCGCGUCCAUGCUGCAGCUGAAGAACGCGAAGAGCGUGGCGCAGGCGCUGGACGCCAUGGUGGGCGCCUCCAUGUUCAGCCAGGCGGACGCGCAGCGGCUCACCGCGCUGGUGCAGGGGUCGGAGGAGGACGGCGGUGACAACCUGGGCGCGCCAAGCGCGGCCGUGUACGAGGGCCACAGCGGCGGCAUCGUCGCGACGCUGACGGACCUGCUCGAGAAGGCCCAGGCCCAGCUGAAGGAGGCGUCCGGGGCCGAGACCGCCAGCCUGCACAAUUUCCAGCAGCUCAAGCAGAGCAUCGAGGACGAGAUCGCCUACGGCAAGAAGGAGCUGGCCGAGGCGAAGGCAGGCGCAGCCUCGAGCGCAGAGAAGAAGGCGGCCGCCGAGGGGGACCUGCAGGCCACGGACAGCGACCUCGCGGAGGACGUCAAGGUGCAGGGCGACCUCCACCAGCAGUGCAUGACCACCGCCCAGGACUUCGAGGCCGAGGUCAAGAGCCGGGCGGAGGAGCUCAAGGCCCUCGCGGAGGCGAAGAAGGCCCUCACGGAGAACACCGGCGCGGCGGACGGGCUCGCCUACGGCCUGAGCCAAGUCUCGCUCAUCCAGAAGCUCUCGACGGGGGCGGACCUCGCCCACUUCGAGGCGGUCCGCUACGUCCGCGACCUCGCCCGCAAGCAGAACUCCAAGGCGCUGGCGCAGCUCGCCUCGCGCAUGGCCUCCGCGAUGCGCAUGAGCUCGGGCGACGGGGCGGACCCCUUUGCGAAAGUGAAAGGGCUCAUCCAAGAUAUUCGAAAUUGGAGUCCGAGGCGGGCGCCGACGCGAAGCACAAGGCCUACUGUGACAAGGAGAUCGCGUACGCGGACGAGAAGAAGGCCAACCGCAUCUCGGAGAUCGAGAAGCUCACGACCAGCAUCGACCAGAUGUCCGCCAGGUCCGCUCAGCUCAAGGAGGAGAUUGCAGCGCUGGAGAAGAGCCUCGCCGACUUGGCCACGUCCCAGGCCGCGAUGGACAAGCUCCGCUCGGAGGAGCACGCGCAGUUCCUGGCGAACAAGGCGGACAUGGAGCAGGGUCUGGAGGGCGUCAAGAUGGCCCUCAAGAUCCUGA